GCAAAAAAUUAUUGAGUGUUUUGUUUUCUUUGAUAGGUUAAAAAUGUUUUUAAUUAUAGUUCUAUAGUUGUAUUAAAUUUAUUAUUCAAUAAACUAAAAUCAUAUCUCACACAAUGACCGAAGACGUACAAAGGCACUCUGUUCACACCCUUGUGUUCAGAUCCUUAAAGAGGUCCCAUGAUAUGUUUCUUUCAAAUCAGGGGCUCUUGCCUCCUAUAGACGAAACGGCAGACAAGGUUAGGCGAACGAUUAAAGCGAGAGCAUUUUAUGGCCUGGUAUUUGAUGAUGUUAAAAAAAUGCAAGCAAUGAAAAACUUAAGAGAUUCUGAAGCAGGUCCUAAUCCUCCACCACCAGGCACAGAUACAAAUGAUACAAGUUCAAAUGAGAAUGCCUUGGUUCCACUUGCUGAAACUGUGGUGGCAAAUCGAGCCCAACAGAACACUCAAAAUCAGUUAGCUAAUAUUAUGAAACGAGCGCCAUCUAUGCCCAAACCAAAGUGGCAUCCACCAUGGAAACUUUAUAGAGUGAUUUCUGGACAUUUAGGUUGGGUUAGAUGUGUAGCUGUGGAACCAGGAAAUGAGUGGUUCGCAACUGGUGCUGCUGACAGGAUAAUAAAAAUUUGGGAUUUAGCGUCAGGGCAGCUAAAAGUAUCUCUAACGGGUCAUGUUAGUACAGUUAGGGGACUUGCAGUUAGCUCAAGACACCCAUAUUUAUUUAGUUGUGGUGAGGAUCGUCAAGUGAAGUGCUGGGAUUUAGAAUAUAAUAAGGUCAUUAGGCAUUACCAUGGGCACUUAUCAGCAGUUUAUUCUCUAGCAUUACAUCCGACAAUCGAUGUUUUACUGUCUGCUGGUAGGGAUUCAACAGCAAGAGUCUGGGACAUGAGGACAAAAGCUAAUAUUCAUACACUAACAGGUCAUACACAUACUGUUGCAAAAGUUUUAUCUCAAGCAUCUGAACCCCAAGUAAUCACUGGUUCCCACGACACAACGAUAAGAUUAUGGGAUUUGGCUGCAGGAAAAUCAAUUUGUACACUUACUAACCAUAAAAAGAGUGUCAGAGACUUAGUUUUUCAUCCAACAUUGAACAUGUUUGCCUCUGGAUCGCCCGAUAAUAUCAAACAGUGGAAAUGCCCGGACGGGAAAUUUAUUCAAAACUUGUCUGGACAUAACGCCAUCAUUAACUGUCUAGCUGUGAAUGCCGAAAGUGUUUUGGUUUCCGGAGGAGAUAAUGGAACGUUGCAUUUUUGGGAUUGGCGCACAGGUUACAACUUCCAAAGGUUACAAGCCCCUGUACAACCUGGGUCAAUGGACAGCGAAGCGGGUAUUUUCUCAAUGAUAUUUGACAAUUCUGGUUCCAGACUUAUUACAACUGAAGCUGAUAAGACAAUUAAAAUUUAUAAAGAAGAUGACACUGCCACAGAAGAGUCCCACCCUAUUAACUGGAAGCCCGACAUCCUUAAGAGGAGAAAGUUCUAAGAAUAAUAAUAUUGUUUUAUAAGGUAAUUGUCAGUAUAAAGUGCUGUUUUUUUAUAAAAUUAUUUUAUAUAUUUCAACAUGUAAAAACUAAAUAAAUGCACACUAAAAAUCUA